CCCAGCACCAGCCACAACCUGCUCGCUUGCCUAUCUGGAAGUCUCAACUGUCGGGGCUCUCAGCAAAGAUCUAGGGCAGCACGGGCCAUGGAUGCCACCACAGGGCCUGUGCACUACCAAAAGCUACAACUCUGGGAGCCUGGCAUGGAGGAGGAGGAGGAGGAGGAAGAAGAGGAAGAGAUAGCAGAGCCACUGGUCCUCUCCCUUAGGAGACUCCAAAAUACCCCCUGGAACGAGGUUGGUGGGUUGCCAGGAGCCUGGGCCCGCCUGCUGGCAGGCUUGUUGCUGCUGGCUGUUAGCAGCUCCCUGGCUCUGAGGCAGCUGCACAGUAGGGACAGCCCAAAAGGAAACUUGGGCUCUGUGGCCCCUCCAGCCAGCAGACACUCCCAUCACCCUGGUGUGUACCACCACAGCGCCAUUAUCAGCCCUGCAGCCACAUGUUCCCAACUGGGUCAAGAGUUGCUUGUCGCUGGGGGCAAUGUCGUGGAUGCUGGAGUUGGAGCAGCUUUGUGUCUGACGGUGGUACAUCCGCAUGCAACAGGGUUAGGUGCCACAUUCUGGGGUCUCUUCUACAACAGCUCCUCGGGAAACUCAACUGCCCUGACAGCAGGCCCAACCCAACUCCUGGCCCCCGGCCUGGGGCUGCCCACGGGUCUGCCUGCCCUGCAUUUGCUUCAUGCCCACUUCGGCCGCCUGCCCUGGCCACACCUGCUGGCCAAGCCUGCCAUGCUGGCAGAAAAGGGUUUUGAGAUAGAUGCACCCCUGGCAAGCGCACUAGCGGUCCAGGGCACAAAGGGGCUCUGUCCACUGUUUUGCCAUACCAAUGGAACCCCACUGGGCCUUGGGGCUCGGGCCACCAACCCCAACCUGGCAGCUGUAUUGCGCAGCGCAGCCCUGGCCUCCAGCCCAGAUCUCGCUGGAAAGGCCUUGCUGAACCUGCUGGUGAGAGACCUGGGGUUAGAGUUACCCUCUGCUCAGCCCAUGCCUUCCUUAGAGCCUGCGCUGCAGCUUCUUCUGCCUCAGGGGGUCCUGUUCACGACUCCUGGUCCCUCAGCAGGCCCAGAACUUGUGGAACUGCUGGAGUCUACUCUUCACUCCAGGACACCCAGCUCUGCUCCCUGCCCAUCAUUCCUGCAAACUGCUGAAACCCCUGUGAGCAGUGCCCUGGCCACCGUGGACAGCAACGGCUCCAUGCUCCUCCUCAUCUCCUCGAUCAACAGCUCCUUUGGUUCUGGACAUCUGUCCCCAAGUACUGGUGUUCUGCUCAGCAACCUGGAAGCCAGCCCUGCACCUAGUGCCUGGGCCUGUCCACUCAUCCUCCGUAGCAGCCUGGAUGACACAGAAGCCGAUAUGUUGGGGCUGGUGGCUUCAGGGAUCCCCAGAGGGGCCAAAGCCAUGACUUGUUCCCUGCUCAAUCGUCUGGCAACGCCCCAAAUCCCACAGCAGCCCCAGCAUCAAAGACCCACAGAGAGCCCUGGCAUAUGUGGCCAAGGGGCCCUACUGCAGGCAGUAGUCCAUGCAGAACACGCCCAUGUCUCCAGUGUCCCCAGUGGCUGCUGCCCCUUUCAGGGGUACUAACAGAGGGGCAGAGGUGUCUGGAACUUGAGAACCAGACAGGGAAGGCCUAGCAGCAAUGAAUGUAUGAAGAGAAUAUGUAUGUGAGAUGUUUGCGGCUCCAUCAACCCUCCAUCCUAAUCUGUUACCUGGUUCUGGCUCUGGCAUCCAGGGCUGGUCCAACCACAUUUGCUGGUACCCACACUGAUGGAAUUUCUGGCUUUUCUAUCAAAUAAAGACCUAGAAGGUGAUGAAAAA